UUUUUUUCAUUUUGAUAACCAUUUAUAUUCCAUGGGAUGAGGUAUUUAUACCAUGAAUCCUAUAACUAAUUAAAGAAAGACAUCAAUUAUAUUAAAAGGAAAAUAUCCUAUUCUCCCAAUGUCUCCUAACAUGAAGCUAAUUAAUUAGUACAGUCAACAGUAUCUGAUCUUACAAAUAUGCUAAUGGUGGAUGAAGAAAUUAGAUGGAUAUUUUGAAGUUCUAUAAAAAUUAUACAUGGAGUGUUGGAAUGUCCACAUUGAUCAAGGGAAUGAUGGGGUGUUAUCCCUUACAUGUUCUUGGACAAUCCUCACCUUGUGGGUUAAUGAGGUUGAAUUAUGGCAAGGCCCAUUUUCUUUAUAGAUAUAAUAUAAUAUAAUACAGGAAUGUUCAUAACCCAGGACAAGGCAGAACAGGAAAAUGAUGUAGAGAAGGCUAUAAAGGAGUUCCAAAGUAGAGAAUUAGUAUCAUCUGCAGGAAAGAGAUGUAGAGACUAGAGUAGGAAGUAAAAGAGUGCCAAAGUUGAGAAUUAGUAUAGUACUGCUGUCAAUAAAGUGACACAAAUGAUUGUAACAUUAGUAUCAUUGAUAAACUAUGACUAGAAUACAUCAACCCCCAGGCCCUAACUAUUCUUCAACCUCAAAAUAAUGGGAAUAUUUAUUUUUUAUGUUACCAUCAACUUAAUGCAACCAUCCUAUAUUGAAGUUGAGACUGCACAUGCGAAUUUUACAUAACCAGAGUUUAAAUGUGACAGUAGUGUACACAAACAUAUUUAAUAUCAAGUAGCAGCGUCGACUAAAUCUUUUUGUGAAAGGAACCUGUCCCACAGCUCGUGGAAAACUCAGUACAUUUAAUAUGAUCCUUGAUUUUGAGGACAUUGAAGUUGGAAAACCUGUCCGCCCUCAGCUGGCUCUUAGGGUCAGCAAUGCAUCUGCUGCAUGGAAAAAGCUUUACGGGAAAGAAGUAGUUGUUGAGUGUAAAUUUGAUGGGGAUCGCAUCCAGAUUCACAAAAAUAAUUCUGAGCUAAACUUCUUUUCAAGAAACUUUCUGGAUCAUCAAGAGUAUGCUCAUGGGAUGUCAGAUGUUAUUACUCAGAAUAUCCUUGCUGACAAGUGCAUACUCGAUGGUGAAAUGUUGGUUUGGGAUGCAUCAAUAAACCGCUUUGCAGAGUUUGGUUCCAAUCAAGAAAUAGCAAAGGCAGCAAGAGAGGGUCUUGAUAGUGAUAGGCAGUUGUGUUAUGUUGCGUUCGAUAUUCUUUAUGUUGGGGAUACCAGUGUUAUUCAUCGGAGCUUAAAGGAACGUCAAGAGAUUCUCCAGAAAGUUGUGAAGCCCAUAAAAGGCCGUUUAGAAAUUUUGGUCCCUAAUGGUGGUCUGAAUGCUCAUCGUCUUUCUGGGGAGCCAUGUUGGUCGAUCAUUGCUCGUAGUGUUGACGAUGUUGAUAAAUUCUUUAAAGGAACUGUUGAGAACAGAGAUGAAGGAAUAGUUUUGAAAGAUUUAACUUCAAAAUGGGAACCAAGUGAUCGGAGUGGAAAAUGGCUAAAGUUGAAGCCUGAUUAUGUUCGACCUGGCUCUGAUUUGGAUGUUCUUAUUAUCGGAGGCUACUAUGGUUCUGGGCGACAUGGAGGAGAGGUAGCUCAAUUUCUGGUGGGUCUUGCUGAGCCUCCGGCUCCAAAUACAUAUCCCAGAAGGUUCAUUUCUUUUUGCAGAGUGGGCACUGGAAUUUCUGAUGAGGAACGCAAUAUCAUAGUAACUCGAUUAAAGCCUUAUUUCAGGAAGUAUGAGUACCCGAAGCAGGCACCACCAACCUUUUAUCAAGUAACAAAUAAUACAAAAGAGCGUCCCGACGUGUGGGUUGAAAGUCCAGAGAAAUCCAUCAUUGUUUCAAUUACAAGUGAUAUUAGAACAAUAAGAACUGAGGUGUUUGCUGCUCCAUACAGUUUGAGAUUUCCGCGUAUUGAUAAAGUCAGAUAUGACAAGCCUUGGCAUGAGUGUCUUGAUGUGCAAUCAUUUGUUGAUCUGGUACAUUCAACCAAUGGUACCACGCAGAGGGAGGACAAUUAUGGGAUUGAGCAGGAUCAUGAAUCAAAAACCAUUAGGUCGUCAAGAAAACGAGAGAAGAAGAAUGUCUCUGCAGUUCCUUCUCAUUUUGUUCAGACUGACGUGUCUCGAAUCAAGGGUGAAACAUCAAUGUUCUCUGACAUGGUGUUUUAUUUUGCUAAUGUGCCUUCAUCACAUACACUUGAAUCCUUGCACAAAAUGGUGGUCGAGCAUGGGGGUUCUUUCUCCAUGAAUUUGAAUAAGUCAGUUACUCAUUGUAUAGCAGCUGAAAGUAGAGGUAUCAAGUUUCAAGCUGCAAAACUUCAUGGAGAUGUUAUUCAGUGCUCUUGGCUCUUUGUCUGCUGUCUGCAAAAGAAGCUCCUUCCUUUACAGCCAAAGUAUUUUCUUUUCCUUUCUGAUUCAACAAAGAAAAAGAUGGAAGCAGAAGUGGAUGAAUAUUCUGAUUCUUUCUACUCCGACAUCAGCAUUGAAGAAAUUAAACUGCUUUUGAGAAAUAUAGAACACUUAGAAGACUCCAAAACUGUUGAGUACUACAAGAAAAAGUACUGUCCCAAGGAUAAAUGGGCUCGAUUUCAUGGUUGCUGCAUUUAUUUUUUCAUUCCAAAGCAGUGUCUGGAAUAUUCAGAUUGCAAGGUUUUAGUGGAACUUGCUAUGAGAAGGAUGAAAGUUGAAAUUUCUGUGGGUGGUGGGAAAGUUUGUGACAAUCUUUUUCAUGCUACCCAUGUCGUCGUCAUGUCUCUACCAGAGUUUGAUGUAAAGUUCAAUGAAGUGUUGAAUAGUUUCUCAGAGGCAGAGAAACAUGUUUUGUACAAUACAAAGCUGCAUGUAGUUGGAGCACGGUGGUUGGAGGAUUCCUUUAAAGAGGACCAGAAGUUGGUUGAGGAGAGUUAUAGCCUUAAGCCUAGCAAUUUUCAAAUGUCAAUCUCUGAGAAGAGUAGACAUGAUAAGCUAAAAGGUGAUUCCGGAAAGUGCAACAGACCAUCUUCCCCUGAUAAACAUGGAGGGCAAAUCAAAGCAGAAGGAAUUUCAGACCAGGGCCGAGCUAUCACGCUACCAAAGAGGGGAAGGAAACGAGAUAGAGGAAGACCUACUGGUAGUGCUACAGCAAAAGGGAAAGUGGGGAUCAACAUUCCACGUAGAGUUAAACGCAAGGUCACAAGUAGUCGUGCUAAGAUUCAUGAAAAUGAAUCUGAUGAAAGUGCUACUUCAGGCGAGCAUCUUCGUAAUGACGAGAGUGAAGCGGCUGUUGGGAGCCAUGAAAGUAUUGCAAUACGUAUCUCAGGAAUUCAGAAUGAGGAUGAUGUACAAGAUCUGGAAUUGUCACCAGAUGGUAAAGCAUUUCCACCAGGGACUGCUGAAUGCAGUGUGAUCGGUGAAAGAUUGGACGAAGCUUACGAAACUUCAUACGGAAGUGGAAAUAUUGCCAGGGGCAAAGACAAGGUGGAUGAGCUGGAAGACCCUGUUGAUCCAGUCCAAGCUAUGCUACUGCAUAUGAUACCCCACUUGGAUAGUAAGCCAACAAGAAGCGUGGACACUCUUGUAAAAGAUGACAAGCCAGAGGCAGAUACUAAUCCCAGUCCUAAAAAGAAAAAGAAAGUUAGCUAUAAAGAUGUAGCUGGUGAAUUGCUCAAAGAUUGGUGAAGCCCUUUAUGCCAUCCACCACCUUAUAAGGUUAUGAACUUUGUUUUGUUUCCUUCUGUAUUUUUAUUCCGCGACCAAGUAAAUGUAAUAGUUCUCUUUGUUGUGUUUCUGGUGUAAAUGAUUCGAACAGUUUAUGCGUCUUUCUUUUAUUA